AUGGGUGAAGGUUUUCAAUCAAAGCUGAAGAUGCUGCAGGAGCAAAGAGCUCGUCCUCAUGGUUUUCCUGCUGCAGGAGGCGCCAGCGGCGCCGCCCCCGCCCCUCAGCGCAGGCGCUCAGGGCCGGAGGUUCGAGUCCCGAGGCGGAACGGCCCGGAGAUGCCGGCGGAGCCCGGGGUGCUGCGGGAGGCCGCGGAGGGAAUCCCGCAGGCGGCCGCAGACAGCGAGCCCGAGGUGUUUGAGAUUGUGUUGCCAAUCACUAUUUUGGUGCUGAGCGAUGAGGAUUUUCUCCAGGACGAUGAUAAGGAGCAGGAAGUAUCCAUUCCCGAGGUGGAGCAGGAGUUUAAAUUAAACAACAGCCUUUGCCUAAAAAAUGAAGUGGAACCUUCAAACGACAGUAUCCAUGUAGGCAAUUGGGAUGCAAACAAGACUAUUUCAAAUGAAGAUAAUUGUAUUAAGUAUUCCGAGGUUAAAUGGUUUGCUGAGAGUGUGUGUAACACAUCAAAAUUAUCUUCAAGUGAUGGGUGUGAUGCAGACACGGAUAAAUAUGGUCAAAAUUGCACGUUACCUACAUUGUCUUGCAAAACAGAGCUUCCAGAGAUAAUCAAAUGCAGUGUUGGAGAAGACUGUGGUGAUAAUGAUGGCUUUCAGAAGAUUCCUCCUCUCCUUUCCUCUGCUGACAGUGACAGAGCUGACACUUUUGAGACGUUGGUAGUGGUACCCAAACAUGAAGAAGAACCUGUCAGUAUUGCAAGUGUUCAUUUUGAUGGCAGUCCGGAGAAACAACCAGAAAUCCACAAGGAAUUUGAGAUAAUUGUUAAAGUGGAAGAUCACGAUUCCUUAAAGAAUGAAGAUAAUGAAAUUGAUUACAGGAAAAUAAGCAAAUUUGAAGAUGAAACUCCAAAUGCUCUUUCAGAAAUAGCCUUGAAAGAAGAAGAGAAAUCUACCUAUAAUUGUUCUGAUCCAUUUCUUAAUGGAUGUUCUCCUACUUUUAAGGAACAUCUAGAAGACGUAGGGAAACCUGAUAGGAAUGCUUCCACUUCUGCUGAAUCAAAUACUACUGGAGAGCAUAUUUACAAGAUGUUAACACCAUUCCCUAGGAGAAGAUACCGGCAACAAAAAGUUGUUUCUUCUCAAGCAAGCCCAAAAGAGUUCCAGAGCCAGAAAGAAGGUUUAACAUGGCUAGAGGAUAAUAUGACCAUCACACCUCUUCCUAAAACGUCUUGUUUUCCAAAGGAGAAGGAAAGAUUGAGUUUCAAAUGUAGGUUUUGUAGUUCUUUGUAUAAAUGCAGUGCACACCUGAAGAAACAUAUUUAUUCAGCUCAUAAAGAUAAGAAAACACAUAAAUGCUGCUUUUGUAAAAAAACCUUCUUCUUUUCUUUCAAUCUUAAGAAUCACCUUAAAUUUCAUAAGAAGAUUGCUAGGUUGCAAAAGGCAAGAAAAAAUAGAGUAAGUGCGAGAAAAGGGAGGCAGAAAGGAUAUGAAGGAGAAUCUGAGACCAAGAAAAAAGAAAGUAAAUACAAUAAAUUUUUCAUUAAAAUUGAAAGGGACUUUACACCUCUGGAUGUGCCAGUUAGCUUUUCCUGCAGAAUUUGUUUCUUUGCUUCAUCAAAUCCUAGGAGUUUUAUUCAUCACAUGAAGGGACACAAGGAGAGACCACCUUACCAGUGCCCUCAGUGUGAUUACUCCUGCAGCAGCUUGUCCUACCUGUUAAAUCACAUGUACUGGCAUGCUGGCUAUAAGCUCUACCAGUGCAGGUUCUGCACCUUUUUUUCACUGUAUUUUGCAAGCAUGGUGAGGCACAGCCACAUCCACACAGGGGAUAAACCAUAUUCCUGUGAGCUCUGCCAGGCAGCAUUCACCAACACCUCAGGGUUGGAGAGGCACAGGAGGAUACAUGCAGGAACAGAAACAUGCCAAGCGCAGCAACCCGGCUGCCUGAGUGGGAGGAGAAGAACUGAAAGACCUCCAAAGAAUUACACAUGUAAUGAAUGUAACCUGGAGUUCUACACUAAAGGACAUCUCAGCUUUCACAAGAAAUUUCAUGAACAGUUAAAGGCUAAUGGUUAUACGAGUCAGAGUAAUAAAUACUUUAAAAGCAAAAUAUGCAAAGCUGAUGGUGAUUCUCAGGGUGAAUCAGCUGAUUCUCAUGUUUCUCACCCUCUUUUUGGUAGAGAAAAUUAUUGUCUGGGUGAGGGAAUCUUGGGUUCAGAAGUGGCGUUUGAGCAAGCAGGGGAUGUGUGGGACAAUAAGAAAAUAUACCCUGGAAAGAAAUGCCUUGAAAACAGCCAAGGAAGUAACAGCCUGGCUGUUACUGGAAAUAGAUCAGAAGUUCCUCAGACCUCUUACCGAAUGGACACCGUCACUCACAAAGAGGAACCUUUCUUCAAAUCAGAGGCCUCUCAUUCACAAGUGCAAGAUGAUGCUUCAUUUCAUAACUUUGUGGAAAACUUGGAGCAUAUGUAUCCUUCUAAUUUAAAUACAUUACAAAUUUACAGAUGCCAGCACUGCAGUUAUGCUACUGAUGUUCCUAACAACUUCAGGCUGCACCUAAAGAUACAUACGGAUGAAAGACCAUUCAUGUGUAAAGAGUGCAAUACGUCAUUUAAAACAUCAAACCAUUUGCAGAAACACAGCCUUCUUCAUGUGAAAAAUGGACAGGAGCUUGGAAGUUGUCUCUUUGUAGAGAAGUGUUUAGAGAAUCUUGAAUUGCAUCGUGAAAUCCACGGAGGGACGUGUCCAGAAAGGGAUUUUUCCUGCCAAGGAUUAAACAGCUACUUGCUCGGUUCAGAAGUCAGUGGAGUUCUGCGAGGCGUUCAGAGGGGCACAGCAAAUGUGCAAGCACAAAGUCAGCCACGAUUAUAUCAGUGUGCAGAGUGCAACUAUGCUACUGGCAUUUUAAGCAACCUGGAACUCCACAUCAGAACUCACACAGGUGAGAAGCCCUACAGCUGCAUCGUUUGCCAGAAGGAGUUCCGUACUUCCAGUCACCUGAAAAGGCACGGACUCACACAUUUGAACGUGGAGCAUUUCAAGUGCAUGAGCUGUGACUACUCAACCAGCAAAUGGCUGUCCUUGAAGCGCCACCUGGCUUUGCACACAGGGGAGGGAAGCUCCUCUCCUGGCUGGCUCUACAAGCACAAGGAGCCACCUGUCAAGACAUACAGGUGUGAGGAGUGUGGUUAUUGCACAACCCACAACGGGAACCUGAAGUUCCACCUGAGGAUCCACACGGGGGAGAAGCCGUUCCCGUGCGGGCAGUGCUCCCUGGCUUUCCGCACCUCCAGCCACCUCAAGCGCCACUUGCUGACUCACCUCCGGCUGCACUGCAGGAAGUGCAGGUAUUCCACCAUGGAUAAACACGCUUUCCAAAAGCACAUCAGAACACACAGAAAGAAGUACAAGUGUGCAAAGUGUAAUGUGGUGCUGCCCACCAGAAAGCUGCUGGAGAAGCAUAAGCAGCAGCACAAGCUUGGAAUGUGAGGAUGAGAAUUGGAAGUUGGUGCUUGGUUUUGGACAGGUUUGCAUGUCCUGAAUUUCCUUGUGGCUUUGUGUUCCUUUGCUGUGCCUACAGCAAUGGCUGGUAAUGGAUGUAUCCAGCAUUUUGGUCGAGAGAGUGAAUCUUGGGGUACCGGUUUGCUGCAGGUGUUUCUGAGAACAUCAAUUCUAGCACAGGCUUUGCUGAAGAUCUUGGAGACACUUUUUCAUCCCUGAGUAACUUCAGCAAAGGUCAGUUAUUUUGGCCAGUGUUCAUUGCUGUUUAAACAGUUAUUCUGCACCACUUUUUUUUUUUUUGUAAUAUUUUAAUAAGAAAAAAAUAUUCUUUAACUGAAAGAAUGUCUAAAGGGAGAGAAGGAAGGGCAUGUUAUAUUUUAUAGUAAUAACUUUCAUAUAAAAAUUAUCAGUGUAUCAGGAGGCUUAAUGCUACCUCCCAUCUGCUGAAAGUUGCCUCCUUUACUCCAAGGUGCUUUUGCAGUACUUGUAAGA